AGCUCACAGCGGCCGAAAAGAAAGAAGAAUAUCCAUACUACUCAUCUCUCUCUCUCCCUCGCAGAUAUAUGUACAUAUAUAUUUCAAUUUUUCACUAUAAAAUAUUUAAAAGCACUCUGCAAAAGCAUCUGUGCCGUUACCGUACUCCUCACUUAUUGCUUACCCCCCCCCCCCCCCCCUCUCUACAAAUCCCAUUCCUGUUUGGCGUUUGAUCCCAAAGCAAGGAAAAGCAAAGCUUAGCUCCUUACUACCGCACUUCACUCUCUCUCUCUCUAGGAUUGGGGCAUUACUGAAAGAGUUCUAUUCAUUAUAUCAUGUGAAACCCUAGCUAGGCCUACGUUAGGGUUUUGCGAGAUUCGGUUUUGACUCGAAUCGAUGGGCAACUGCUGCAGAUCUCCUGCGGCCGUCGCCAGGGAGGAUGUGAAGUCGUCCAACUUCUCCGGCCACGGCGACGGCCGGAAGGACCGCUCUGGCACUGGUGCUGGCGCUGGGAAGAAGGCGAUCACUGUGCUGGCGGACGUCUCCAAGGAGAACAUUGAGGAGAAGUAUAUGGUGGAUAGGGAGCUAGGUCGGGGGGAGUUCGGGGUUACUUACUUGUGUAUUGACCGGGGAACCAGGGAGUUGCUGGCCUGCAAGUCGAUUUCGAAGCGGAAGCUCCGGACGGCGGUGGAUGUGGAGGAUGUGCGCAGGGAGGUGGCGAUCAUGAAGCACUUGCCGAAGAACUCGAGCAUCGUGAGCUUGAAGGAGGCCUGCGAGGACGAUAAUGCGGUGCAUUUGGUGAUGGAGCUGUGCGAGGGCGGCGAGCUGUUCGAUCGGAUUGUUGCGCGUGGGCAUUACACGGAGAGGGCCGCGGCGGCAGUUACGAGGACGAUUGUGGAGGUUGUGCAGCUCUGUCACAAACAUGGAGUCAUCCACAGGGAUUUGAAGCCGGAGAACUUUUUGUUUGCUAAUAAGAAGGAGAAUUCGCCAUUAAAGGCCAUUGAUUUUGGCUUGUCAAUCUUCUUUAAGCCCGGUGAAAGAUUCUCUGAAAUUGUUGGAAGCCCAUAUUACAUGGCUCCAGAGGUGCUCAAGAGGAGUUAUGGACCAGAAAUAGAUAUAUGGAGCGCAGGAGUAAUACUAUAUAUUUUAUUGUGUGGGGUUCCUCCAUUUUGGGCUGAGUCUGAACAAGGGGUUGCACAGGCCAUUCUUCGUGGGGUAAUAGAUUUCAAAAGAGAACCAUGGCCGAAUAUUUCAGAAAGUGCUAAAAAUCUGGUCCGUCAAAUGUUGGAGCCUGAUCCAAAACUUCGCCUGACUGCAAAGCAAGUCCUUGAGCAUCCUUGGCUUCAAAAUGCCAAAAAAGCUCCAAAUAUUCCUCUUGGUGAUGUUGUGAAAUCAAGAUUAAAGCAGUUCUCAAUGAUGAAUAGGUUCAAGAGAAAGGCCCUUAGGGUCAUUGCUGAUUUUUUAUCCGUGGAAGAAGUAGAGGACAUAAAGGAAAUGUUCAGAAAGAUGGACACUGAUAAUGAUGGUAUUGUUUCUAUUGAAGAAUUGAAGGGUGGUCUUCAAAAGUUUGGUUCACAACUUACAGAGUCUGAAGUACAAAUGCUUAUUGAGGCUGUAGAGACAAAUGGAAAAGGGACCCUGGACUCUGGAGAAUUUAUUGCUAUUUCUCUCCAUCUUCAAAGAAUGGCUAAUGAUGAACAUCUUCGCAAGGCUUUCUCGUACUUUGAUAAGGAUGGUAAUGGUUACAUUGAGCCAGAUGAGCUUCAGGAUGCCUUGAUGGAAGAUGGAGCAGAUGAUUGUACAGAUGUAGCAAAUGACAUCUUCCACGAGGUUGACACAGACAAGGAUGGAAAAAUCAGCUACGAGGAGUUUGCAGCUAUGAUGAAAACGGGAACAGAUUGGAGAAAGGCUUCUAGACAUUACUCGAGAGGGAGAUUCAACAGUCUAAGUGUGAAGUUGAUGAAGGAUGGUUCUCUAAAUCUCGGGAAUGAAUAGAACUGUGCUCGGUCAGUUUUCAUACAUACAACAAAGUACCAAAAUGAUUCCCCUAUAUAUUGGACUUCUUCUUUUUGUGAUUAUUUGUGGGAUUUUAUUGAUUUGAUGGGGCCCCAUUGAUUACUGGCUUGCAAGGACCAUGGAGGGGUAAGUACAUAUAAUCUACCUCUUCAAAAUGUUAAACAAGUAAAAUACCCUUCCUUGUAGCCAUAAUGCGUCUUGUAUGAUUCUAUUCUCUUUAGUGCUUCAACCUUCAGCUCUAAUUGUUGGUUGACGAUCUGAUAUUGAACACCAUAAUGCUGUAGCAUAUUCUUCUUGGAGAAAUAUGAAAGUCUUGUAUUAGAUUUGUGUAAA